AUGGCGAAUUUGGAUCACACUCGUUUCGACGACUAUGGCGACAAUGACGACUUUGAACUUCCUCUCACUCGACCUCUUUCCCUUUCCAACAAUCAACGACCAUCCAAAAAAUCCAAAACCAAAAAGACAUUGUUUCCUGACAAAGAGAACAUCCAUCUUUUCUCUCCCAUUCACAAUCACAACGACAAUUACGAAGCCGAUAACUGUAGUUUGGAUUUCAUUCCUUCCAUCGUAGAUUUUGAUUCCACUGUUCAAGUUGAUUGUUCUUAUGCGUUGAAUCAGGAGAAGAAUAGUAAAUGUGCUUAUUCAAACUAUUUGUUAGAGUCUAUGCUUGUGGUGUCAAGAACUAAGGUGUUUAGGUAUGGAGAGUCCAGUUCGAAGGUGAAUUUACGCGAUGAGUUUGAUUGUUCAGUUGAUUGUCCUCUUUGUGGUGAUGAUAUUUAUGAUUUAAUGGAGGAACAACAUAAUUUCCAUACCAAUCAAUGUCUUGAUAAAACUGGAGAAGAUGUAAGAUAG